UGCAAAGGCAAAGCCUGAGCAGCAUUUGCCCCCUUUACGCCGGUCGUGGGUGGGCCGCUGCAUUUGUCAUGUCCGGCCGAUGUUAUUGAUAGCGAUUCCCUUGUGUAAAAGAAGAAAUCAUGUCGGCAACUCUGCGGCCGUACCUCACAGCCGUGAGGCACACCCUGAAUGCGGCCAUGUGUCUAGAGAACUUUUCCUCCCAAGUAGUGGAGAGGCACAACAAGCCUGAAGUCGAAGUCAGGAGCAGCAAGGAACUCUUGCUGACCCCCGUAGUGAUAAGCCGCAACGAGAAGGAGAAGGUCCUAAUUGAGGGCUCCAUCAACUCGCUUCGCAUAAGCAUUGCUAUCAAGCAGGCCGACGACAUCGAGCACAUCCUCUGCCACAAGUUCAUGCGGUUCAUGAUGAUGCGUGCCGAGAACUUCAUAGUGCUGCGGCGCAAGCCCGUUGAGGGCUACGACAUCUCAUUUCUCAUCACGAACUUCCACACGGAGCAAAUGUACAAGCACAAGCUCGUCGACUUUGUGAUCCACUUCAUGGAGGAAAUUGACAAGGAGAUCAGCGAAAUGAAGCUGGCGCUCAACGCAAGGGCACGCAUCUGCGCCGAGGAAUUUCUUAAGCGGUUUUGACAAGGUCAUCAACUGCUGCUGCUGCUGGCAAUGGUUUUUCUCCCACACACACAAGAACAUUUAUAUAAAUAUUCUAUAUGAAUCAUGUUAUUGUAAUAAAACAUUUUUCUUUAAUAAUA